AUGUGCGUCCGAACCAAGACGAGCUAUGGCUGCGGUUGUACCUUCAAGCAUACCGAGGGAUGCGGUUCCUCGAGAUGCAAAAAGAUCGAUCGAUACCACUAUAUGAAGGAGGGCGAUUGCCGGGAAUGCAAGUAUGGCGGCAGUGCUGUCACUCGCGGCCGAGAAGGCAAGGGCCGUUAUGCCAAAGAGAUGCACCGACGCUCGCCUGUUGAGAUCGGAGACCGAGGAAGUCCUUGGGCGGCGGCACCGACCUCUGCUCGCCGAGAAAAAGAGUGGCAAAGCCCAACAAGACGCAAAGCAGACUCGGCAUGGGAGGAAGAACACUCCAGUCGUAUGGAAGAACUUGAGAAGAGCGCCCAAGAGAUUAGCAUUCGUGCCGAAUCUCCUCGCCGUGUUGCAUCACCCGAGCCUAUGGAAGAUCAUUACUACUCACAAGAGUCUGAGAAUGAGCGUCAUCCUCGUCCUCUGAACCGCAAGCUCUAUGGAGAGUAUACUACGGAAGUGCGGCCGAGGGGCGAGCCUAAAGCCAACCGCCAUAACGACAGCAGUGAAAGCUUUGAGAGCAUAACACCUCUCCCGCAAAAGUCCCACACCACGCGUUCGUACAAGUUCGAUGACCCCUACGACUCUGCCUACGGCUCGCAGCCUUCGCACAAAUCUCACAGCUACAGGACCCGUCGCCCAGGCUUGUCACACAGCCAGAGCGCUGGGUUAUACGGCUAUGGUGCGAAGACAGAGCCACAUUCGUACUCGUACAGCUCGCCCACGUCGAGGACCAUGUACGAUAUCCCAGUGUCGACGAUGUACGGUGGAUACUCCAACCCUGUUGCAUCCUACGGAGUUGAGCUCCUGGGUCCGGGCCAGUCCAGACUUGUAACUCGUCGCUGGUGA